CAAACCACCAUGUCUGGGCUUCCUUUGCUCUCGGGACCACCACCAGUUCUCGAGUCUACCCGUGCAGAUGCGACCAGUUGCAGAAAGUGCUCGAAAGAUUUCAAUUUCCUCUUAGCCCGACCAAGACGUUGUAACCAUUGCGGAUAUAUGUACUGUCACAGUUGCACAGACUUCCAAGCACUGAUGCCGAGGACUGGUGCGGAAAUGGGGUACGACGCGGUGAAUGUCUGUGGGUAUUGCAUCGAAUACCUGACCAUAACUGCAGGCGGAAGGGCGCACCUUAGAUCGUUAACUCUACCGAAACUGAAGAAAUACAUCAGCGCCUACAACAUCAAAGGAGCAGAGCGGGCAGUUGAGAAGAACGAUCUGAUAGAAGCGAUCAUGGCGGCCAAGGGAGACAAUGGGUGCUUGACUCCAGCACACGAGAGUUACUAUCGUAAAUAUUCUGUUCCGGAUAGGUCUAAUGUGCCUCGACGUGGCUUGUUCUCUCGAAGCUCGGCAUCUACCAAUACUGAACCACCGCCGCCACCACCUCGUCCUCAUCAAACCCCAACGUAUGAAUUUCCGCGACCUGAUCUUGCUCCGGACAUCCCUCUUCGCCCGACAUCACAACCAAGCACACAACAACAACACUCUUCCCCUCCCCCACGGCCAGCUACUUCGCGACCAGCUUAUCAUAACCCGAAUGACCAAUAUCAUUCUCAGACACACUUCCCCUCUCCUCAACACGCAGGGCCACCUGUGGCACCUCGCGCGACUCGCCCGAAUCAGGGACCACGACCCUCCCGGUCUUCUCAUAAUCUUAAUGCUCAGGCGAAUGGCCCACCUCCUAGAGCACGUGCUGCUUCUUCUGCACAUCCUCCACCACCACCUGGACCACCCAGUGUCCCACCACCAUCACUUGACCAAUUACUAUCAAUGACUUCGGAAUCAGUUGGCGCGUUGCCUGUCCAUGCACUGAAGGCCCUUCUGUUUGCGAACCACGUAAACUUAGGUCAAGGCGCCUUAGAAAAAAGCGACCUUGUUAAGAAAGUGAUAGAUCUUGUAGAAGAAGAGAGACGGACAAGAGAAAGGAGAAGAUUAGAGGAAGAAGCAGAGGAGGAGGCACGAAUUGAGCAGCAAAGGGUCAUGAUGGAGCAGUUCCAAAGGCAACAGAGGGAAAGAGCAGAGCGGGAAAGAGCAGAGGCUGCCGCGGCAGCGCAAGACGAGCAUCCAACACCUGAUGACAGUGCGUCUCCGCCUAGCGCCCCCACAGAGUCGGAGACAGAAUUCAUUGCUGCCGCGACUCCAAGUCCACCUCCUUUACCGAAGCCAAAAGCCAUUCAUGUCGAACGAACGGGUCUUUGUGUUAUAUGUCAAGACGAAGAAGCUAAUAUUGCCAUUGUUGACUGCGGACACCUUGCGAUGUGCCGCGAAUGCUCUGAACUCGUCAUGAAUAGCUCACGUGAAUGUCCGCUGUGCCGCACAAGGAUUGUCACAGAGGCAAGGCUAUUGAGGAUCUUCAAAACAUAG